AUGGUUUUGGAAGUGCCCUCGAUCACGCCUGGUGAGCUGCACGACCUCGUGCAACUCCACCAGGGUGCUGAAUGGCCUGAAUGCAAAGAAAUGUUUCCUUGGGCCCAUGAUAUUUCUUUUGGUCAGCCGCCAGAUUUUCCUCACUCGCUGGCGAUAGUCAAAUCAGAAUCUAAUGUGAACGGCUCUGCGCUCUUGCGUGGUUCUCUUGAAGUUAAUGACAUCUUCCUGCCCUGGAAGGUGCACACUUCUAUGCAUGUUCAUUAUGAUGCUCGCGAAAGUGAAGGUGAAGUGAACGGAUUCAACUAUCCCAGUAGCAGUAAGGAACUCCUGAACCUGUUAAAGUUUCAGGUACGCCAACUGGAAUUGCAAGUGGAUGACAUUGAUUUGGAAAACGUCGCUGCCUUUUGUCAUAGGCAUAGCGUCUUACCAUUUUUAAAAGUGGACCCUCAUGGACUAUCAUUAGAAUUAAAAAAUGAUCCUAGCAACAAAGUUGGAUCCAAUGUUACGUUUCAAUCGAGCAAAAAGGACGUUUGGGGUAGGAGAGGUCUGUUUAGAAGAUUUGACCUUCAAUGUGCUAAGAUGGUAGAAAUGGCUGAUAAUAUAGUAAUUUACUGUUCGCGGAAUGACAAAACCAUAGACGGCACAAUGCUGAUGGGCAUGCAUGAUUGUGAUUGCCCAAAUUGCACUUCACUUGCAUUACUUUUACAAAUUUGUCUAAUGUUUGUUCAAAGUGGUUAUGUUGACUGCCAAGAACCAUGUUACAAAACGAGCCUUUUUAUUUGCACCUACCAAAGCUUUAACACAGAUAUACCUAAGAGCUUAAUUGGCACACCCUUAUUAGAGAAGGAGUCUACCAGUAAUUGCUCACCUUUAAACUUAUGUUCGUCACCCAGUGAAAUAAUAUGCUUUAAUAACUUUGAUAGGAACAUGGUUUUGUGUGAGAAGUUGGAAUUAAAUAAGCUCACUUCAGCAACAAGAUUGGACGAAACAGGUUUGAUAUGCGGUAAUACUACUGAUUGGCAAAAUUAUCAAAUUAUCAAAAAUAAAAAUUUGUCCCUGUCCAAGUAUUCCCAAGAAAAUACGAGUAUAGUGUCAUUAAGAACCUUAUCCUAUGAUCCAGAUGAUCCCGUUGCUUCCAUUUCUCAAUUAUAUAAUAUUCCAAAUACAAAAGAAGCAUGGAAACUAAUUAUAAAAUGUACAUCGAAGUCGUCGAUGCCAUCAUUAACAAAAAUUCAAUCAUAUCUAUGUUCGUUACUCGACGAGAUACCAAACCCUCAAGAAUAUUUGCAUUUAAGUUUCCCUGCCUCAGGUACUAUAGGUUUGGGAAACUUGAACAUUCAGUCUGUUGAAAUUCUUUUAAAUGUUUGUUAUCUGAUACACCAGGUAUCACACCUUCAAGGGCUAUUAACAUUCAUGUAUUGUAAUGAUGGAUAUACAGAAACUUCAUUAUUAUUAGCAGCAUAUAUUAUAUUUCAUUUUGAUAUUCCAUUGCAGGAGGCACUUUUAAAGAUACACCCAAGACCAUUUUUCCUGUUUCCAUCAGACUUGCAGAUUUUGGGUCAUUUGCAGUCUAUUUUGCGUGAGUUUAGCCCUCAAAGAGAAGUUAAUGCAAAAUUAUUCACUGAUUUAGUGAAAGACAAAACUAAAAGUUUUCAACUGCGCAUAUCAUCGGAACUUUUUAGUAAUAUAUUCUUCGUAAAGAUUCCCCCGGAGUCUAACUAUGUCAAUUUAAAGGGCCCACUACCAUCACAGAUUUUGCAGCAUUUGUAUUUGGGGUCCCUGGAUCAUGCUCAAAAUCCUGUUUUACUCAAGUCCUUAGGAAUUACACACAUAGUUUCCGUGGGUGAAGUGGUAGCGUGGACACAAAAUAUAGAAAAGGCCGUUUACCCUGUGAGAUCACACCGUGCUAUUACCUUGACGAACACGAACGGGGCCACAAUUAAUACUAUUGGUACUAAAAGCAGGCCCAGAGCUGGUACCACGAUUGAUAACGAUCAGGAUAAUGAUAGUACCGUAGUGAUAAAGGAGAAUUCCGGUUUUCAGAUUUGUCAGAUCGAAAAUUUAGACGAUAAUGGGAAAGACCCGCUUUUUCAUCGAUUAGACGACAUUUUGGAGUUUAUUAAUAAUUCUGAAAGGAUGGGGGGGAAGGUUUUGGUGCACUGCAUGGUCGGAGUGUCUAGAUCCGCAACAGUUUGCAUUGCCGAAUGCAUGAGAUGGCUUCACUGUGAUUUGGCAAGCGCUUACGUAUUUGUGAGAGUGAGAAGGUUGAAUGUUAUUAUUCAGCCGAGUUUAUUCUUUGUAUACGAACUGUUCAAAUGGUGGAAAAAACACGGUAGCCACAACAAGGAUAGAAUUAUAGACUGGCACAUAAUAUGUAGGGAGAUAGCUGAAGUUAAUAUGAAGUACACAUAG